AUGGUUAGAAGAAAUAAGCGUAAAUUAAAAGCUUCAAAUGAACAAGGUGAGCAUACUGCAGAGCAAGACUCUGAAGAUACCACUAUAACACUAGUUGAAAGGAAUGCAGAAUAUUCUCCUGUAAUGCUUACACGUUUGGAGAAUACUCUUAAUGCUGCCAAGAAUUCGUUAGACAGAUAUGAAGCUGUCCUUAUCGGAGGUCCUGUUGGUUGUGGAAAAUCAACUUUCGUGAAUAAUUUGGCGAAAGAAUUUUGUUGCAAAGUACAUAGCAUUCAAAUAAGUGAACAAACUGAUGCCAAAACACUCUUAGGGGCAUAUUGUUGCACUGAAGUACCUGGACAAUUUAUAUGGCGUCCAGGUCCAUUGAUUUCAGCGAUGAAACAAGGUUAUGCAUUGAUACUUGAAGAUAUUGAUCGUGGCUCUGCUGAACUACAGUUAUUAAUUACUUCUGUUUUAAGAAAGUUGAAAGAUUGUUCAAGUAGUCUGAAUAACGGUGUAUUAGUUGAUCCUGUCAAUGGGAAUCCUAUUAAUCAGCAUAAAAAUUUCCGUCUUCUUAUGACUCGACGUUUUGUUACAUGUCAGGGAGGAGAUUUUCGUCAAGAAUAUGUAAAUCCUUUGAUUGAUCUACUAGAUCGUUAUUGUUUUGUAAUAACAUUACCAAAUUUUUCUAAGGAUGAGAUAUAUCUUUUAAUUAAUCAGCAGUAUCCUACGCUUACACCUUUCAUUGAUCGUAUCAUGAAGAUCUACUUGUUCAUUGUGGAUGCUUUUCAAAAUGCUAACACCAAUGUAAAUAAUAGUCAUAAUAAUGCUUCACGAAUACGUGGAAUUUCUGUGAGAGAUUUAUUGAAAUUCUGUUCACGUAUAUCAAUGUUAACAGAGAAAGAGAAUUUCGGUGAAUUAUUACUGCUGAAUGCAGUGGAUUGUUUCUUAUGCUCAAUGUGUAAUUCUGUUAAACAAUUGGAAUUAGCUUGUCGGUUAGCUGGAGAAUUAAAUUUCACUGUAGAAAAUGCAAGAAAUAUUCUAUGCUGUCGAUCAAUCGGUAUUAAUUUACACACUCAGAAGAGUAUUUUACAAAUUGGUCGAAUUAUUCUACAAUGUCGAAGAAGUCCGGAAUGGGAGAUUCAAAUAGCUGGAGGGAAUUCAAUGCUUCAAAGUUCUAAUGAUCUAAUUUGGCCGUUUGCUUCAACACGUCUAUCAUGCUCAUUGUUAGAGAGAAUAGCAGUUGCUGUAAAACACAAAGAACCUGUUCUACUUGUUGGUGAAACAGGAACUGGUAAAACAUCCACUGUCCAACGAUUAGCCUAUCUUACUGGUCAUCGUUUAAAGGUGAUUAAUUUGAAUCAACAGUCGGAUAGUGUAGAUCUAAUGGGAGGGUUUAAACCUGUCGACUUUCAAGUGUUUGUUCGACCAAUACGUGAAAAAUUUGAAUCUCUUUUUAGUUGUACAUUUAAGUUGGAUAGUAAUGCAACUUUUUUGAAUCAUAUAAAUACUUGUUUCACAUCAGAACGUUGGCUUGAUUUAAUCACCUUAAUGCGUCAUCCAGCACGUGUCGCUGUUCAACGGGAUUCUUCAGAUUCUUCAGCAUGGGUUAAACUUUUAAAUGAGUUGAAUAUGUUAGAGAAACGUUUUGAAAAUAUAACCAAGUCAAAUAAACCUGGACUUGGAUUCGCCUUUAUCGAAGGUGCAUUAGUUCGUGCUGUACAAGACGGUGAUUGGAUAUUAUUGGAUGAAAUCAAUUUAGCUCCAGCUGAAAUGCUUGAUUCACUAAGUGGUUUAUUGGAUUCAGAGAGAGGAAGUCUUGUGCUAACAGAACGAGGUGACAGUGAACCAGUACAACGUCAUAAAGAUUUUCAUUUAUUCGCUGCUAUGAAUCCAGCUACAGAUGUUGGGAAACGUGAAUUACCAGUGGGACUUCGUAAUCGUUUCACUGAAUUCUAUGUCCCUGAAUUAGAUCCUGGAGUUGAAGCAAAUCCUAAUACCUCUACUAAUACUACUACUAGCAAUACUAAUAGUAGUGUAUCAGAUAAUUUUGUCAAUAAUAUCACUGAUUCAAAUGUUAAACGUGAUCUUGAGAUAUUACGAUCAAAUAAUCGUGAAGAUUUAGCUACAUUGGCACGUUCAUAUCUAUUGGCGUUGAAUCCAACUCCAUCACAGCUGGCUACAAUUGUACGUCUGUAUUCAGCAUUGAGACAAGCUGCUUUAGAAGGUUUAGUAGAUGGUGUUGGUCAAAGACCUCAUUUCAGUCUUCGAACGUUAUGUCGGGCUUUAAUUGAAGCUGGUCGAGGUUAUCAUGGCAGUGUAUUACGUUCGUUGUAUGAGGGUUUGAUAUUCAGUUUUGGUUCACAAAUAUGUCGAACAUCUCGACCUAUUCUAGACACAUUGAUACAACGUUAUCUCUCCUCUGGUUGGAAUACAGACUCAGUAUCAUUACUACGCCAGUUGAAUACACCAUUACCGAUACCACCGUUGAACAGUUUACCUGCAAUGCAUAUUGAUAAUUCUACUACUACUACUACGAAGUCACAAUGUCCAGAAGAUUAUUUUAUCAAUGUUGAAGGGUAUUGGUUGCCUAGAGGGUCACAACAACCUGUCACAUAUUGUGACAAAGAGAAUAAUAAUAAUACCACAGCUGGGAAUUAUAUAUUAACACCAAGUGUUCAAGCCAAUUUAAAGGAUUUAGCUCGUGUUGUCUCUGCAGGGGGUGGUCUACCCGUGCUGUUACAAGGUGAAACAUCAGUUGGCAAGACAUCACUCAUCACCUAUCUGGCUAAACGUGUCGGUCAGGUGUGUUAUCGAAUCAAUAAUCAUGAGCAUACAGAUCAACAAACUUAUCUUGGAACGUAUACGGUAUCAUCAACUGCACAAGCAACCGGCAAAACAUUAUCGACAACAGGGGAAGAAGAAAAUCUCAGUGGGCAAAUAAAAUCUGUUUCACCAUUAGUCUUUAAAGAUGGCUUAUUAGUCAAAGCUAUGCGUUAUGGUUAUUGGAUAAUAUUGGAUGAAUUGAAUUUAGCACCAACUGAAAUUCUGGAAGCUUUGAAUAGAGUUUUAGAUGACAAUCGAUCUGUGUUUAUUACAGAGACACAGGAAACAGUUAAAGCACAUCCACACUUUCGACUAUUUGCUACACAAAAUCCACCGGGUCUAUAUGCUGGACGUAAGAUGUUAUCACGUGCUCUACGUAAUCGUUUUAUUGAACUACACUUUGAUACAAUUCCUCGAAAUGAAUUAGAAAUAAUUCUAGAGAAGAAGUGUCUACUUCCACCGAGUAGAGCUCAUCGUCUAGUUGAAGUGAUGCAUCGUCUUCAGCUUGCUAGAUGUAGUUCCAAUCUGUUUCAAGGCAAAGACAGUUUUAUCACCCUUCGUGAUCUAUUCCGAUGGGCUGAACGUUAUAGAUUAGCAACAUGCGAUAAAGUCUCUGGGAGUCAUAGUGGCGGUGGAGGACAAGUCCAGUUAUUCGAUUGGGAUGCUUAUCUAGCUGAUCAAGGCUAUUUAUUACUUGCUGGACGUGUACGUAAUCCAAAUGAAGUACAAGUUGUAGCAGAGGUUAUUGAAACUGUAUUUAAACGUAAAGUUACAGAAUCAAGACUAUUCGACCUAAAUGAAGAGACAUCCCCAGCUGUAUACGAAUUUUUACAACCAAUCCUUUCAGUGAAUAAUAAUACAAUCUGUCAAUCAGACUUUCAACAUAUUGUAUGGACAAGGGAUAUGCGUCGUUUACUAGUUCUCAUUGGUAAUGCCCUAAAGUAUGAAGAACCAGUGUUAUUAGUCGGAGAGACAGGCUGUGGUAAAACAACAAUUUGCCAGGUGAUUGCUGCACUGCACAACCAACGUCUACAUUGUGUUAAUUGUCAUCAGUGUACUGAAGCUUCAGAUUUUCUGGGUGGCCUACGACCUGUUCGGCAUUCGUCAACUGAUGAGACGAAAAGUUCUACAGAUGAUUCUCGUCUAUUUGAAUGGGUCAAUGGUCCAUUAGUUGUAGCUAUGCUAAAUGGAGAUCUAUUUCUGCUGGAUGAAAUUUCAUUGGCUGAUGAUGCUGUAUUAGAACGAUUGAACAGUCUACUUGAACCUGAACGACAACUUCAUCUUGCUGAGUGUACUGAAGACCUGCUGGAUGGUACUUCACUUGACACUACCCAAUUAACAGCUGACCCCAAGUUUCGAUUUAUUGCUACAAUGAAUCCUGGUGGGGAUUACGGGAAGAAAGAAUUAUCACCUGCUCUACGGAAUCGUUUCACUGAAAUCUGGUGUCCAUCACCGACAUUUACACCGGUCCACCCAUCAUCAUCAUCAGUUAGACCUGAUGACUCCUUGUUGAAGGAGCUGUCCAACCCGCUAACCGAUUGGAUAGAUAUUGUUCAACAUAACUUGAAAUUAAAACUUCCAAAUAUUUUCAGUGUUGGAAAUAAUCAUCUGGCUAGACAAUUUUCUGAAAAAAUGGUGAACUUUAUUCAGUGGUUAGCUGUAACCCAGGAAGAAUGUAAAUCCAAUGGUAUUACUUCAUUACAUCACAGAUCUCCACCAACUAUUCGUGAUUUAAUCGCUUGGAUUGAAUUUAUUCAAACCGUCGUCAGGUCAAACGACGAUAGUCAAGCGUAUUCAUAUUGCCAAAUUACAGGAACAACGACGACAACAAUAAUCGACUUGUUCAGCGCUUGCAUACAUGGUGCAUGUUUAAUAUUCCUGGAUGCUUUAGAUGAAACGGCUAACACGAAAACUGAGGAUCAAGGGAACUGCAAUAAUGUUAAUAACAAUCCCACAGGCUUCUUUUGCACUACAAUUCGUUAUCUCAUUGAUCAAAUGUCCUCAAUUGAUAAAAAUUUAAUUGAAACUAUUCAACAACCAAUUCCUGACUUUGAAACUAUUUAUGCUAAUUUUUGUACUCCAAUGAAUGAAAAAUUUGUGUUGAAGAAAAGCACUGAAUGCUUCGGUUGUGAUCCAUUCUUCAUACCUACAGGUCCUUAUCUACCUCCUGAUGAUGACGUCACAACGCACACUUCAUUUAUUUUCGAUGCACCAACGCCUGCUUCAAAUUUAAAGCGUUUACUACGAGCUAUGCAGCUACCCGGUAGAGCAUUACUUCUUGAAGGUAGUCCAGGUGUUGGGAAGACUACGCUUGUAAUGGCUUUGGCUAAAGCUUCUGGACAUAAAGUGAUACGUAUAAAUUUAUCCGAGGCAACAGAGGCUAGUGACUUAUUUGGAUGUGAUCUUCCAGUGGAGGGUGCUGAAGCGGGUGUUUUCGCUUGGAAAUCUGGUCCAUUUUUACAAGGUCUUUGUGAUGGCCAUUGGAUUGUACUAGAUGAGAUGAAUUUAGCCUCUCAAUCAGUCCUUGAGUGUUUAAACGCUUGCCUGGAUCAUCGUGGUGAAGUAUUCAUACCUGAAUUGAAUACCACCUUUAAGAUUAAUUCAAAGACUACUCGUUUAUUCGCCUGUCAAAAUCCUUUACGUGAAGGCGGUGGACGUAAAGGUCUGCCACGUUCAUUUUUGAAUCGUUUUACUCAGGUGUAUAUGAGGUCAUUGACAAUAUCAGAUCAAGAAUUUAUCCUCAGUCAAUUAUAUCCUGAUAUAUCGACAGAGUGUAUUCACUUAAUGGUUGCUUUUAACGAUGAGGUGAAUAAACGUAUUAAUGUUGAACAUGAAUUCGGUAGUCAAGGUGGACCAUGGGAGUUUAAUUUACGCGAUCUAACUCGAUGGUGUGAUUUGUUGGUGAAAGGGAAGGAAUUCGAAGGUAUUAACCCCGGGCUUUAUGUUCAUCUAUUGUACACUGAUCGUAUGCGUACACUACAGGAUAAACAAAAGAUUGUCACAUUAUGGAUUGAUGUCUGCAAGACGUUAGGCAUGCAGACUGGAGUGUACUAUUAUUAUGAACCACGUGGAAAUAUUCUCCUUCUCAACGAAUCAAUUCACUGUGGUUUAGCGCAUUUUCUGCGUCCAUCUACUGAAGAGUAUGAAGAGAGUGUAGAUGAUGAAUCCCGUGAUCAUUUAUUAUUGUUGGAUCGUCAACGUGGUAUACUGGAAAGCUUUUUAAAAGUUAUUGAAAUGGGUUGGAUGGUGAUGUUGAUUGGACCGCCAGGCUGUGGCAAACGUACUCUUGCCCAUAUGGCAUCUAUUCUUCUUGGUCAGAAAAUGCUAACAAUGUGUCUGUCACCGACAUCAGAUACCAUUGAAUUACUCGGCUCAUUGGAACAACGUGAAGCUGGUGGUCUAUUUGAAUGGGUGGAUAGUCCACUUGUCAAGGGGAUCAUCGAUGGUAGUUGGGUGUUGAUAGAAAAUGCUCAGUUAUGCAGUCCUUCGACACUUGAUCGAUUGAAUAGUCUCUUAGAACCGAAUGGAGAAUUACUACUUAGUGAACGUGGACUUGACGCCAACGGUAAACUGAUCACCUUGAAAGCCCAUCCAGAUUUUCGUUUAAUUUUGGCUGUUGAUGAAAUUUUCAGUACAACCGGUGGUAGUGGUGGUGGUUGUGGUGUAGGUGGAUCAACCGGCAUUUCUAGAGCAAUGCGUAAUCGUGGUCUGGAAAUCACUUUCAUUGAACCAAUUUCACUUCCACAUUUGGAUCUGCUACGCUUAUUCACCUCAAUAAAUGUCCCCAAAUCAAUAGCUAUUGGUCUUUUAGAAUUUCAUUCACUCUUCUUAGAGGCAUGUGAAAAUCCCAGCUGUAUUGAACAGCAUCUUCAGCGUUUCAAUGAACGACGACAGUCACCUUCACCUGUGACAAAUAGUUUUCAGUUGUUAGCAUGUCAUAGCUUUAAGAAGCCUCCGAUCGGUGCACUGAUAUCAGCUGGACAGUAUGCUAAACAGUUGUUGGCAAAUCCUAGUCAACUUGACGACCGUAUCAAAUGUUCCCCCCUUGGAGAAAAAUCAAGUAACAAGAUGAAGAAGAAGAUAAAGAGGAUAAAGAGGUUGAAGAAGUCGAAAAGAGAAGAGAUGUCAGUGGAUCUUGAUGAAGACGACAAUGGUGAUGAUGAUAAAUUCAGUAGUGAAGUGGACAUCAAUAGAAUUCUAAAUCAUGUUCUUCAAUUUGUCUAUUGUCAACGUCAAAUGCAUGUCAAGGCUGUAGAGUUCGUCAAAUGGUUGAUCACAUACUACGUUGACAAUGUAUUCAUCCGCCUAUUGCAUUUACCCGAACGUUACCUUCAUCAUAGUGUGAAUGAAUUAGUCAGUAGACGAUCACCUAAUGGUUAUCGUCAAUUUCAUGUCAGUUUAAUUGAUCUCACACUGUCUGAUUAUUCAAAAUCAUCGACCAUCACAUCUGAAAUAUUAUUGUUAGCUAAACGUAUCCUAUUGGAACAAGCUAAUCUAUCCGAAACACAUCUUGAGAAUGAUCAGUUCAUGAAGAUGUUGACAUCUUCAUCAUCGUCAUUAUCUGUAAGACAAUGCAAACUGUAUUAUGAUCUAACCACCUGGCCAGAUCUACGUUGGAUACCCGGUUGGAAGCAUUUUAUUGAAUUAUUGGGAUGCUCACCUGAUGUAUUGCUGUAUGAGUGGAAUAAACGCUUGUAUUCUCUCCUAUUGACUGAAUUAUACGACUCAACGAUGAAUGUAUCAGAUAUUGAUAGUCAAUUAUCCACCUGUACACAACCUGCAGAUCUUUGUCGUUUACCUUUAUUACAAGUAAUUAAAUUGGCUAGUGAAAAUCAUCUCCCCGCUAUGUGGUUAGACGCUUAUCCUGGAUUAAUUGAAUUACACGAUAAAUGUGAACAAUGUGAUUUAUCUUUCUAUUAUACCGGCAUUUGUAAAGCUUGGUCAUGGAUACACUUAUUUGGUUCGCGUCGUUUGGGUGAUUCAUUCGAUUGGCCUGAACGUUGUUCAUUUCAUAAUCAAAGAGCUCUACUCACUAUUGAUGAUAGAUUCGAUUCAAGUCUACCAAAAUUAUCAACAAUUACACAAUAUUUUCUAUCGAAAUCAUCAACACCACCAUCUAUUAUUACAGGCAAAGAGUAUGAAAUGUAUUCAUCAGCAAUGUAUAAUGCUGCUUUCUCUGUUGAUUGGUUGCAAUUUGGACAGAUUUUGAAUGAAUUCUUAUUGAGAAUUACAAGCAGCAGUAGUAGUACUGGUGAAUUAACGCUUGAUAAGGAUUACAGUGAUGAUGAUGACGAUGAUGAUGAGUAUGAUGGUGGUGGUGGCGGGGAUAGUAAUGCUAUUCACGAUGACGAUAUGAUGAAUGCAAAACAGGCAAUCAUCCCUCUCCCCGGUAGUACUGAUGACCACCAUCUUGGAAGUGAUGUCUACCGAGAUAUUUUGAAAUUCUACUGUCUAUGGCCUUGGAUUAUGAUUUUAAUGUCAAAAUGUAUUGAAAAUGAGUUGUUAAAUACUACUUAUAAUAAUAAUAGUAAUCAUCAGUCCCAUAUACAAUUGAAGACAUCUUUACGCAUAUAUAUUCGUGGCGUGUUAAUGUCAUUGAACCGUCCUGGUCUAUUGGCCAACCUUGUUAUGACACAAUCUGUGUUGAAGAAUUCAAACACUGAACAGUUACGGAUUGCUAAACAAUUAUUGAUGGAAGAAUUCAGCAUGACAUCAUCAUCAUCAUCAUCCACAAAAACGAGCGCCUCUUCUUCUUUUUCAAACUGGAGUCUUCCAAGUCAACUGGCGAACUGUCAGACAGUGAAUCAGCCGGACAUAUUAGGUGAAUGGCGAUCAGUUAGCCAAGUGUUGAUUAACAUCACUUGGCCAAUGUUAUACGAUUAUGGUGCUUAUUCAUAUCGUGGAAAGCUGACUGUCUACGGUUGGCGAUAUCGUCAGCAUGCUAUACAAGAUGCAAAUCAUUUAUUGUUUUUAUUACCACCUUCGAGUGAUGAAUUGAGCAAUUCGCCGGAGAAUGAUAAUUUACAGUCUUCGGAUAUAAAGACAGUUGUACAGCUUGCCUUCACUAUCCUACAAGGAAUAUAUCGAUCAUUGGAAUCUGUGGACAAGUCACAUACCAUCGGCGAGAAUAAUCUCCCAGUGUACUCGAUUGGUGGUAUCUGUCCUUCACUUACUGAUCUGUUGAAUUGGAUCAACUUCGCUUUAAAACCAUCUAUAGAUUUAAUUAAAACAUCGCAUCUCACUAAUCGUCACUCCUCCUCCUCCUCUUCUGAUUGGUAUCAUAUUGUACGUUUAACUGAACUGUUAAUUGAACAAUUCAAUCAACUUCACAUGUUGCUGCUGACCACUUCCAACUCCUCGUCAUCAUCAUCACAAUCUCUUCAAACGAACAUUGACAAUAAGACAACAAUAUUGAUGAAUAAAUUUAUCCUAAGCAAAUGUUGGCUACUUAUCGGUUGUCUGUAUCUACGAUGUAUUCGCCCAGAAAGUCAUCUAGAUCCGUAUGUUGUAAUGCAAAUUGAAGAAGAGGAUAUUGAAUAUGAGAUGAAACGUAUCAAUAGCGAAUUAGAAUUCCGUGAAAAUCUUCAACAACAUUCGAUUGGCGCCUAUAAUAAUCGUUUGAUGCCUUUGAAAGAUAUCCAUCUAGAUAGUGUAACGGAUCAUGUCAACUCUGGUUUACUACAUCCAUGGUUAGGUGUUCUAAUUAAUCGACGUCGAUGUCUUUCUUCAAAGGCAGAAGAUUUAAAGCAUCAAUUGGGAGCCAGUUGUAAGGAGAUUUUAGUUUGUCGUCAAAACUCAAAUUUUGAGUAUGUAGAGAUUCGACGUCGUCUUAGCACUUUUCUGACAGAUUUCACCGAGGAUUUCCUACUUCCAUAUUGUCCUCAAGAUGACAACAACAACAACUAUGCUGAAAUGAUUGAAAAGAAUUUCAAACUACAAACAAUUCAUCGAUGGAUUGAAGCUACAGCCAAUUUAGGCAAUUGGUUAACUGAACCAAAACGUUAUCAUAUGUUUGCUGAUAUUAUUACACCUUUCCUGUAUGGUUUAUUCUAUGUGUAUCGCGGUCUUCGGAUUGUCUUUCAUGAGAUUAUUUCACCGAGUAAUACAUUGAAUGUGUCUGUCUCAUCAUUGAUUAAAUCUUUGGUGACUAGUCUUCUGCCAAAUGCAAGCACUGAUUAUACUAAAGAGAAUGCCAUCGGCGUAUUAGCAUCAUCAUCAUCACCAGCCAAUCAACGAUCAUCUCGACCAAUGUUAUUAGCCAUGGAAUUGGCUAGUCCUGCGUCGAGACGCAUUAUUCAACAAUUAGUCAACUCUGUUAAUAAUUCAAUGCUGCUAGGCAAUCUAAAGAACAGUGAUGAUACUCUACGAAAAACUCAAGAAAUACAAUUUCGAAUUAGUUCAUUCAUCCUGAAUUUAUUAUGGUUACAUAAUGCUGAAAAGAAUGCAUCAACUAUUCCCUUUGAAAAUUUGCAUAAAUUAAUUGGUCGUAUACUGAAUUCAAUGCUGCGUCCAUUAGCUCAACAUUGGAAACACAUAGAAGCAGAAAGAAAACGUUUAUCUGAAUUGAGAGCAGCACUCUUCUUGGAGGCUGAUCGUCGUAAACAACUUAUACGUAAUGAAUUACAAGGUAUUAAGACAGAUGGUAAAGGAGGAGGCCAACAGCGACGACAACAACAACACCAAAGUGAUCGAUGCACUUCACCAGAAUUAAUCGACCAGUCACUGAAUGAAGAAUUAGACUGGCGUUUACGCUUUUCAGAAUCAGCAUGUUUAAAGGCAUUCACUGAAUUAGGCGCUGGUUCAAAUAAAUUGUCUGCUGGUGGUGGUUUAGCUAAAGAAGACCAGAUUCAACAGACAGUGAAUAAAUUAGAAGCAGUCGACAGUUGGUUAAAGAAGUCACUGAAUACCUCUGACAAAUAUUGGAUACCAGAUGAGAAUGAAUUGGUCUAUUUUAUUAAUCGUCUCGUUUACCUGCUCCUUUUGUGCUGUGGUAAUUCAGAGACAUCUAGCUCUACGUCAAUCAACAAUCCGAUGAUACAUUCAAAGCGUGAAAAUCCUAUUCAGUUGGAUGUGACCAAUGCAUUCUCAUGGCAUUGGCAUACUGUUCUCUUUGGUUAUAAUUUAGCCAGUUGGUUGUCAAUUCAGUCGAAAAUGAGUUUAGAUCCUGCUGUUGACAAGUUGUAUGCAUUACCGUUUAUUGGUAUCACAGCAUAUAUGGGACAGUAUGAUAUACGAGCUCAUCCUAUCCUUCCUGUCAUCAGUUCAUCAUCAUCAUCAUCGAAUUCAACAUCAUCGUCGAAUUAUCAUUUCAACUCAAAAUGGUUAAUUAUGAAAUCACAUUGUUACAAUGUUUACCUUGAUCCUAUUCCAUUGGAAGAGGCAGAGAAAUUGAACUCGAUAUUGAAAAGUUUAGAAAGUCAAGUUAAGCAUAUCUUGAAUCAAUGGCCUGGACAACCAAGUUUAUUACGUUUGUUAACCAUUAUUCGUCGGAUUGAAUCAUUCACUGUAUCUGAUCCAUUGAUGAAAUUUGUCACUGGCAUUGAAAUGCUUUGGCAAGAGAUGCAAGAAUGGGAACGUGAUGCUGCUAGGCAUGUAUCGUUGACAGAGUCAAGUAAAGAGGUGUGCAACUUAUUAGUUUGUUGGCGUAAAAUGGAAUUGAGUUAUUGGUUGGCUACAUUAGAUUCAGCUGAAAUUCAAAUAGGUAAUCGGUGUAUGACACUAUGGUUUCAUUUAUACGAUUUAUUCUUACGACCUGGAAGUUAUCGUGAACAACAACAACAGAUGAAGGCUAAAAGUAAACAGCCAAGUAAGAAUAAUAAUGAUAAUAAUGACGACGUUGGUGACGACAGUGGAGAUGUACAACAGCUGGAGAUCGAUCGUCUUGAUGCUUUGAUUGAAUUAUUUGAAAAAGGACCAAUUGGGGAGUUUAUAUCACGUUGGAGAUUAGUCGCUUCUAUUUACUCUGCAUUGAAUAUAUGGCCUGGUCUAAGCGAUAAAGAGCGUUCCUCAUCUAAACGGAUAGUUGGUAAUGCAGUAUGGUUUUAUGCUCAAUUUUUACCCUACAUAUCUGAAGAAUUGAAUAAUCUUCGUAAACCAAUUGAAAAAGAAAUGAAGGGUAUUGUGAAUAUCACUAAGUGGGGUCAUUAUUCACGUUUCUGGUCGGUGAAGACAUCAGUGGAUCGUUGCAAAAAGUCUAUUCAUAAACAUGUCAAAAAUUGGGAAUCUAUUCUCCAACGACCAGUUCGACCAAUAUUUGAAAGUAUUAUGAAAAUUCCUGAUUAUUUAAAGCCGUCAAUUGGUAUGGAUGAUAUCACCAGUGGUAGUUGUGGUGAUGAUGGUCAGAUCUGUUGUUCCAGUGCAUGGUUAAAACUGGAAAUGUCAGAUAUUUCAAAAGUGCUGCAUCACUCCUCAAUAAGAAGAUCGUUCGAUUAUUUACAACAAGUGUAUUACAAGUCAAAUGAAGGAAGUGACAAUCUCCCGUUGCAUAUAAAACGCCUACCAUCACUUAUUAAACGCUUGCAUAAACAUGUCUUCACUGUUGCACAUAAUUCACCUAUCCUUCAGUGGAUAAAACAGCUACGUUCUGGUGUCCAAUUGUGGAUGAUACUUGUACAAGAUUUGAGUCAACAAACUGAACGAUUAAAUUCUUCUUGUCCAUCUGGAAAUCAACUGGCUAAGUUUAAUAAACAGAAGGCGAAUCGUAGAUCAAAAUUAGGUAGAAGACAUGAUGAUGACGGAGGAGAUGAGAAUGAGGAGGAGGAUGAUGAAGAAUUGAAGAAAACACGUCAAUGGUAUCAAGAAUUCACAGCGUUACAACAAAGAAAACGUUUAGCUCUAUCGGAUUGGUUGAAAAUUGCAACACGUAAAAGUCAACAAUCACAUGAUAUUUAUGAUCAUGAAUCGUCAUCCAGUAUACCUUCAGAUUCUGACGAAUUUGCAAACAACAUCGAUAACAAUAAUACCGACUCGAAUGAGUACUCACCAGACGAUAUGAUGAAUAAUAGCAAUACUACAACAACAACUACUACUACUACAGAUGAUGAUUUAUUCGAAGCGCUACAACUGCCUAGUCUUGGUCUCUCCUAUCGUAGAGGUCAACGUGAAACACAGACAGGACAUAUGAGUCGUUUUCUUGUCCAACUACACGGUGAUCCAUGGAGUUAUGUUUUCCAGGAUAUUGGUCAUAGUCAUCCCGAUAGCAACUCUGACUCUGAUGAAGUUUACAUUCGUGGUGUAUGCAAUCGUUUGUCUCGUCUAAUCGCUUUACGUGCCAGUCUACCACGUGUUCCUGGACCACAGGAUGGUGAUGUUGAUACAAGUGCAGCAAUAUUAAAUGAAAUCGGUGGGCCAAAUAAUCUCUUUCGGUUAAUUGGUAUUAUGGAUGAUUUGUUGAACCAGUGUUCUACCGGUUUUAAAGUAUGCAGUCAAUUCACUAAUCUGUGUAAAAGAAUAAGUCAUCUAGUCCAGCAGUAUGCUGUUAGUUUGAAUGUUUCCAUGCCAGAAGAUAAAGUUGAUCAAGACAACAAACAGGCUGAUCUGUUCACCGGUUAUAUAUCCGAUCCAGAGAGGCUAAAACGGAUUCAAGUAUCAACUCACAACUUGGAUCAAAUUAUCAGAGAGCAUAUUUAUCAAUGGAGUGUAUUUUGGACAGCAUUUCAAAAACAAACGGGGAAUAAACCAUUUGAAUUAAACCAACUGUCUAGUCUAUUCGGUUCUGAGGCUUGGUCUUGGUUAACAGCAAAUCGUCACUUGCUCGCAUCUCUAUCGCAUGAAAAUCCUGCCCAACUGACCAGUCUGACUGAAUCUCAUUUAACGCCUUUAAAGUUGGCUAUGCAUCAAGUGUUAAAGUGCACUACACAACUACUCAGCUUGAACACCUCCUUUUUAUGGAAUCCUGUUAUUCGUGCGUACUGUGAAGAAUUAUACCUUUCCGUGGAAUAUUUACAAAGCACUCUGACUAAUUUAGUCAAGUCAUAUAAGCAAGCGAAUUGUACUCAGUUGUUUGCUCCAGUAUUCCAAUGUCUACAAGAACAAAUCACUGUUGAAUGGAAAAGAAUUCAUUGUGAAUUACAAGUUUUAUCUCCAGUGAUGACUAAUGAUGAUUAUUAUGAUAUUGACAUGCUAGUCGCUCAUACAUCUACUACUGAAAUCAGCGAUAUAAGUAGUGGAAAGUUUGUUAGAAAACCAGAUGAAAGAUUUGAACAACUUGUUAAUCGUUGUAUUCAUUCUAUACUGAAGGCUGUUGAAAUUAUUCAUAAAUCAGAUCAAAUUGCCAAUGAAUUGGAUCAGAUUGGCUUGAUGCAGCAUUUCUCUAAAGUACUUACCGAACUGAUGACUACUGUACUGCCCCAGGUUAUGAAAUAUUUGUCAAGAAUGCGAUCAAUGCUGCAACAACAAACACCGACGUCUUCGGAUAGUAAUUUGCAUUCAAGCCGAUUAGUAUUGACUCACUGUUUAUAUCCGUUAAUGGAUGGUCUAUCGAAAGCGUUGUCUACACGUUGUAUACAAUUUUGGAGUCUGCUGGACGCCUGGUUUAAACUAGGCGAAUUUGCUAUGCGCAUCACUGGACGUUUAAUCACGGAAGGCUUUUGUCGUCCAGCUAAUUUACCUAGAGAUCAAAAUAGCCAGGCAGCAGAUGGUAAUGGUGCAACAAGCAACACCUCGGAUGGUGGGCAGAUGGAUACAGAAGGUGCUUCAUCAGGCGGUACAAGUCUAACAUCGAACACUGGUGAUACAUCAGGUGCAAAAGAUGUUAGUAAUGAAUUAGAGUGUCAAGAACAAAUUGAAGGCUUGAUGAAUGAUAAACAAUCGGAGAAUAAUGAUUCUAAAGGCAAGAAGAAUAGGGAUGGUGAUGAUGAUACUAAUGGCAUUGAAAUGCCUGAUGAUGACUUCCAAGGACAAUAUGACGAUCCAGACAUGGAGAAUUGUAACGCAGACGAUGAGACCUCCUCCGAGCAAGUAGAUCAAGAGAAUUUCGAUGAUAAAAUGGGUGAAACAGAUGGACCAGGUGAUGAUCUAGCCAAUGAAAUGUGGGCAUCUGAUGACGAGGAGAAGGAUGAAAAUGAAGUGAAAGAUGGCGAUGGUACUGACAACAAUGAACAAGACAAUAAAUCAUCAAGUGGGGUUCAAGAUGAUAAAGUGAAAAGUAAACAGGAAGGUGAGAAAAAUGCCGAUGGUGUUCAAGAACAAAAUAAGCAGAAUUCUAAAUCUGAUGAACAAGACGAACAGGAAGAAGAUGGCGCCGAACCCUCUGAUAAUAAAACUGAUAAGUCGGAUAGAAAGAGGACUACUGUAGCAAAUGAAGACUGUAUGGAGGAUGGAUCUGAGCCUACAUCACCAAAGAAACCAAACGAUGAUGAUGUCGACGAUAAUAAUGAUCAAGGUUUACCAGAAGACACUGAGUUUGCAGAUAAUGCUGAUCAGUCGCCUGGACGUGAUGUUGAAGAUCUGCCAGGUGAUUUAUUCGACAAUCAAAUGGAUAUUGAUGCAGAAGAUGAUGGUGAUGAUGGCGAGGAAGGAGAUGAACCUUGUGGUCACCCAGAGGAUGAGAAUAAUCAAUCCACGUUGGAUGAAAAAGAUUUGGAACAGAAUAAUAAGGAAGGUGAAACGAUGGAUAUUGAUGAAUAUCCUAGUGUUGAAGAUCCAGCUAAAGUAGAAGUAUUUCCCUACCAUGGAAGUGGAUCAGGUGAUUUGAAUACUCAGUCGAAUGUUCUUGGUGGACAUGAUGAAAACGUUGAAGAUGUUGACAAAACUGAAACGAAUGAUGAUGAAAAGAAUGGCUCAAAUAUGGAUUCAUCAGAUAUACCACCUCAACAAUUAACUGAUGGUAAUCAGUCUAGUCAAGGAGAUGCUUCAGGUGAAAAAUAUACACCAUCUACUCGUGGUGGUGAUCAAUCGGAAACGUCAAGAACAGAACCACUUACUGGACAACAACAACAUCAGGUUAAUAGAAGUCAGUCUCGUUCUGGUCCAAAGCCGACAUCAGAAAAUCGAAGUCUAGCUAACAAACAAAAGUCUUUAUUGUCUGGGGUUGAAACUUUAGAAGUAGAUUCAGAACAACAACAACAAAGCGGUGAACAGGACUCAUCCUCUAAUGAAAAUGACAAGAAUUCACAGUUGUUUCAACAUCUGCCCAACCCUGAGGAUCCAAACAAUAAUGCCAAUGCUCCAUGUGUUCGUGAUUCAGCGACUUUAGACCAGGCAGAGAAACAAUUGACUAAUGGUGAUGACGAUGAAUCUAUGAGUCAGUGUGACGAUAAUGACACUGGCCUAGAAAAGGAUGAUAAUGUCGAUAACAAGGAUGCCGAUAAUGAAAGACUGCCAACAUCAGAAUUGGAGCCAAGUGAUGCUAAAACAAACAUUCUACCACAACAGUUAAAUCCUUUUGUGAAAGGCAAACAGUAUCCUGGCGGUGAUGAAGCGGUUGAAUCUGAUCCAACAGCAGAGUUUGUACCAACUUUAGGCGCUCAAAGACCACCACAGUCGGUUAUUUGUACACGGAUUGAAGCUGUACAACUGCCGCCGUCAACACUAGAUAAUUCUCUGGCUGAGAUGUCAACAGAUUUACAAAUUUUAGACAAUAGAUUUGCGCAGACAUCACUUGAAGGUGCUUUAGAAUGGGCAGCUUGUUGUCAACGAUCGAGUGGUUUAUCACGUCAAUUGUGUGAAGCACUUCGUUUGGUACUUGAACCAACUAAAGCAUCACGUUUACGGGGAGAUUAUCGUACUGGGAAACGUAUUAAUAUGCGAAAGAUUAUUCCUUAUUUGGCUAGCCAGUUUAGAAAAGAUAAAAUUUGGCUUCGUCGUUCUCAACCGAGUCAACGUGAAUACCGAAUCCUGAUAGCUGUUGAUGAUUCUUCGUCAAUGUCUGAGAAUCUUUGUAAACAAAUGACAUUUGAAUCCCUGACAACUGUUGUCACAGCAUUGAAUCUUCUCGAAGUUGGUCGAAUCGGAGUUUGUAGUUUUGGUGAAUCAGUACGUGUUCUACACGAUCCAAAGGAUCCGUGGGCAACAGAUGUUGGUCCUCGUGUGUUAAGUCAAUUCACUUUUGAACAGCCGAAAACAUCACUAGUUCAGUUGCUUCAUUGUACUAUCCAUCUUAUGAAUUCUAUCGGCUAUACAAACUCUUCGAGUACAAUACCUAGUCAACUGUUAUUAAUUCUGUCAGAUGGUGUUUUCUCCGAAGAUCCACAAAGUCAAUCUUUACAGGCUGCAGUACGAUUGGCACGUGAUUCGCAUAUUUUCCCUGUCUGUCUUAUUCUGGAUGAUGUACGCAAAAAGCAUUCUAUAUUUGAUCUUCGACGAUACUGUGGUCCGGGUAAAUUACAACCGUAUAUGGAUGUCUUCCCAUUGCCCUACUACUUAGUUCUACGUGAUUUAGCCUGCUUACCGAAUUUACUCGCUGACGCCUUACGACAAUGGUUUGAAUUGGAGUCAUCAUUUGGACGCUGA